GAGUAGUGCACGAAAUCGCGGAAAACCUUGUGAAAAUGGAAAUGAAAAACCGAAUGGAAAACCCUAGUGCCGUACCGUUGACCGGCGAACGGAACGUCAGUGAAACCGCUCACGAAAAUCCUAGCAUAGGAAAGAAACUCCGGAGGUAUUUCCGGGAUUAUUGUGAAGGAUCUAGCCUCAUUGGUUUCAGAUAUUUGGGAGAAAAGAGAUCUAGAGGAGAGAGGAUUCUAUGGUUCCUAAUAAUAUUGCUAUCCAUAGUACUAUCGAUUUACUACGUCGUGGAAAUAUACAACAAAUACAUAGAAAACCCAUUUAUAGUUAAUUUGGCAACCAGGGAGUCACAUAUAUUCACGAUUCCAUUUCCUGCUGUCACUAUUUGUCCGACAGUCAAGACAGUGAAAAAAUAUUUCAACUUUACUGGUGCUAUUCACCGACUGUAUGAUAAUAAAAACAUCACAGAUGAAGAUAUGCGCUAUACCCAGUAUUUCUCUUUGCUCUGCAACACCCUCGAUGAUUCAUACAUGGAUUUGCUGCCUCCUAACAAAACAUUCACAGAUGAUUUUUUUGAUUCACUGGAUUACUUGAACCCGUCCUUCAGUGACGUAUUUGCUGUGUGCCGGUUUAUGGGAAAGGAUGAAGACUGCCGGGAUUUGUUCGUUCCUAUCGUAGUAGAUGAAGGUAUCUGUUAUACUUUCAAUAUGCUGAAUAAGGAAGACAUCUACAAAGACGAUGUGUAUUAUUAUUCGGAUUAUCUCCAGAAUAUGGAUCAUACCAAUUGGACUAUCAAUGACGGAUACCCCAAAGGUACUGGACAAAAUGUUUAUCCUAGAAGGGCUUUGCUGUCAGGGGCUGAUAAUGCAUUGGAGAUUUAUUUGUUACAAGGAACCUUAGAAACUGAUUAUCUCUGUUUGCAAGAUACAAAAGGCUUUUCGGUACUUCUCCACUCACCUCAUACGAUACCACAACUGAAGAAGAACUUUUUUUCCGUACCUCUUGACACGGCAGUUCAGGCCAUAGUAAAACCGGGCAUGAUGACGACAUCGAAAGAAGUGAAAAACUAUAAAACCAAGGACCGCAAAUGUUACUUCACUGAUGAGAGAUUUCUGAAAUAUUUCGAAAUAUAUACCCCGGAAAAUUGCCAAUUGGAAUGUUUAACGAAUCAAACGCUGGAAAUGUGUAAUUGUGUGAAUUAUUUCAUGCCAAGGCAUAACACUACAAAUAUUUGUGGCAACGUGAUGACUGAUUGCAUGGAGAAAGCUGAAUUUUUGAUGAAAACAAGAGAAAUAGAGAGUCAAUUGUCAGAGGACUACCCAACUCCGAAUAGUUGCAAUUGCAUGCCGAUAUGUACGUCAUUAUCGUAUCAAUCAGAAACUUCGAGAACACCGUUUCCAUGGAAGAAUAUAUUCAGAGCUGAGAAAAAUAUGGCAAAAUUCCUUGCACCAUUAGAAAUAGAAAAGAGAAUGCAUUUUUCGAGACUGAACAUAUACUUCGGUUCAGACGUGUUCCUUCAGAUGGAAAGGACAGAGUUGUAUGGCUUCUUCGACUUGAUGUCCAACAUUGGAGGUAUUCUUGGACUGUUCAACGGAUUCGCGUUAUUGUCCAUUGUCGAAAUAGUUUACUACAUCUCCGUUCGUCUGUGGUGUAAUUACCAACUGCACAAUGACAUAUUGGAAAGCUAGAAUCAUAGGAAAUGACUAUAAGAGUAUUUAGAGCACUUUGUGCU